GGUCAGAGCAUGGAGGAGUUGGCCCGUGAGAGCAUCAGCCUGCUGACCCCAGCUGGACCCUCACCGGUCCGCUCUGGUUCCGGGCCUCGGCUCGGUUCUGUUGGAGGUUUCAUCAUGCUGAAGUCCGCGCUGGGAGCCGGACUCCUCAACUUCCCCUGGGCCUUCCAGAGAGCCGGAGGAGUCCACAGCGCCAUCACCGUGGAGCUGGUCUCCCUCGUGUUCCUGAUCAGCAGACUGAUCAUUCUGGGUUAUUCGACCUCCAUCAGUGGUCAGUGCACCUAUCAGGCUGUGGUGAAGCAGGUGUGUGGUCCGACCAUUGGCCAGCUGUGUGAGAUCUGCUUCGUCUUCAACCUCUUCAUGAUCUCCGUGGCCUUUCUGGUCAUCAUGGACGACCAGCUAGAGAAGUUGUGUGGCUCAGUGUACCAGUUAGUAACCGGUUCGCCGGAGUCACAGAUGCAGGCGCGGUGGUACACGGACCACCGCUUUGCCCUGAUGCUGCUGUGUGCCGUCCUCAUCCUGCCACUGUCCAUCCCCAAAGAGAUCAGCAUCCAGAAAUACAUCAGUGUUCUGGGGACUUUGGCUGCCAUCUAUCUGACCACAACCAUAGUCAUCAAAUACCACAGCAGACCACCUGUUCUGGGUCACAUUGCACCGCUCCACAGCAGUGGGAUCAGUUCCUGGGCUUCCGUGUUCAGCGUCAUCCCGACGAUCUGCUUUGGAUUCCAAUGUCAUGAGGCGUCUGUCGCCAUCUACAGCAGCAUGAAGAACCAGCGGCUCUCACACUGGGUCCUCACAUCUGUGACCUCCAUGAUCUUCUGCCUGAUCAUCUACUCUCUCACAGGUGUUUACGGCUACCUGACAUUUGGGAAGGAUGUGAAGCCUGAUGUUUUGAUGUCAUAUGCUGGUGAUGACAUUCUGAUGCUGGUUGCAAGGCUGCUGUUUGGCGUCUCCAUUAUCACUGUCUAUCCCAUUAUCCUGCUGCUGGGCAGGUCUGUGAUCCAGGAUCCCUUUUUGAGCUGGCGGCGGCGACAUGACAGGGUGGUGACAGUGAGGUUCGAGAGUCACAGCCGCUAUGUGCUAACGGUCCUGUGGAUCACGGUGACGCUGCUCAUUGCCGUGUUUGUACCCGACAUCAGCAAAGUUAUCAGUGUCAUUGGAGGCAUCAGCGCCUUUUUCAUCUUUAUCUUUCCAGGGCUGUGUUUGAUGUUCGCCAUGCAGUCAGAACCAGUGUCCCGGAAAACCAGAUCCGCCCUCACUCUUUGGGGUGCCGUCACGCUGAUCUGUGGCGCCUUCAUCUUUGGCCAGAGCACCACCAUCGCUGUCAUGCAGCUCUUGGAACGGAUCUGAACCAUCACGUAGUGGUGGGAUCCAGCUCAUGACUUUAUCUGACCUGCUGCCAUCAGAAAUAAAUAAUCUGGAUAAGUUCCAGAACAACCCAGAAUGGAAAAAUUGCACGACAGAUGACUCUGUCUGUUUGACCAUCAGCUGUGGAAGCAGACUUCAGCAGAGCGCCCCCUCCCUCUCAGAUCCGGUUUUGCUCCUCAGGAAUUGUUUUACUGUAGUAGAACUUUUGUCAUGUGUGUUAUUAAGUGUGAUUCCCAAACUUAAUGAUCCACAGUUACGACACGGACGGUCACCAGAAAGUUCUUCUGAUGCUGCAGUCACAGGGUGACAGUACGCGUUAGACGGUAAACCGAAGUUCUGUUUUUGUUUUUUUGUUGUUUUUUAAUGAAGGAUGAUGUAAUAUUCUGCUGUAGGUGCAGUGGAAACCUAAACAUUUUCACUUUUCCCACCUGCUGCCGCAGCAAGAAACAGCUGAAUUAUGUGCUAUACCAGGUUAACGUCAUUCCUGCAGACCGUGAAAAAGAACAGUGCAUUUCUAAACCAGAAGCCAAGUUUUGGCAAGAACAUAUUGUACCUCCUUUAUUAGAGAAAUGUGGAUUUUUUUUAUUUUUUUUUUAAGAAAAAAAUCCAACUGACAGUGACUGAUCCAAUAAAAUACCACACAGUCUUGUAGCUAUGGAUAAUCAGAGUAACCAGUACUAGUUGUCUUUGCCAGGGUUAUGUUUGACUGUGAUGGAGGGCAAAUACCAUAUUUUCUGGACUAAAAUUUUUGCAGGGCCCGCAAUUAUUUGGAAGCGUUUUAUACAUGGAAAAUAUACUGCAUUAUUAUAUACAUCCACAAGAUGCCACUGUCUCCAUAUGUGACAAGCGGCUGCUGUAUGCUGAACUG